AUUUGGGUUAAAGAUGAUAUUUUUGCUACUAUUGGUCCUGCUUUUGGGAGUUUUGGCUAGAGCAAAUCAAUGUAGAGAUUGAUUACAGAAUACAGGAUCGGUUUAUUGAGUAAAUCCGUCUCCAAAAUGAUACGCAGCGGGAGAAACGUUAGGUUCUAGCUUCAAUUGUACUAAUGAAGAAGGGAUUGAUUAUAGAUCUCAGUAUCUCUUUUGCAACCCAGAUACAGAAUGAGGGGAUCAGUUCUUUGAAGUCAGCCAAAGUAAUAAAUCCAAACAGAUACAGAUGCAAGGGAUUCCUAAAGAUGGACUGUGAUGGUACAAGAUCGAUACUACGGAUGAUAUCACCAAUAAACUCCAAGUGAUAGUUACAUCAGCUGAAGACGUGAACAUCAUGUUCUUCUCAGAGAAAUCAUCAAGGAAUUAUAUUUUCGUUGAGAAUCUUUACACAGGGUCUAUCUUUUACAGAACAGCUGAUAGAAACACAAGUUUUUACAUAUUAGUGAUUCCUGCUAGCAGCAAUUCAAGAGCUUCAUUUUAUCUUGAGGGAAGUUUCGAAGUCAUGGCUCCAGCAGAUUCUCCAGAUGAAACAGACCAAAUAGAUGAGCAAAAGAAAAAGCCAAUAAUGCUGAUUCUGAUCCUUGUCGCUUGAAUCAUUAUUAUCGCAACUUUAGUAUUCAGGUUCAUCGCUAAGAAACAGAAAUCAGAAUCCCCAGAAAUUUCUGUUAUUCAAAAUAUGGAUGGCCCUAGACCAGACUCAGUUGAGCUUGAGGAUCAGCCAAUUUAGCAUCAUAAAAUA